AUGUGUCCCGAAAGAAUCUCAUCGGAAUCGACUCGUCUGCUUAUCGUCUUGCUGGUGAUUUCGUUAAGUCAAUUGCAGGUGUUGGGCCAACCACCGGAUGUCCUUAAUUACCCGAACGUGAUCUCGUUCGGUGAGUUUAAAGGUACGAUUUGCUACUCCAAUUCUGUAGCCGUCAAAACGCUCACACCGAUCACAACGCGAACAUUUACAUUUACGCCAGCGACCGCAAUCAACUACGUCAUAUGCUAUAACAACUUGAUACUGCACCCGUUCGAAACGCAACUUGUUGGAGGCGGAAUUGGUGCAACAACUCAGACCAGCAUCGUGUUGACAUCAGCGACUGGCAAACUGUACGCCAACUGUGACGUUUACUGUGUGUAG